AUGGGCGGGCCCUGCUGGAUUGGUCACUACUGUCCAGGAGGAACGUCCUACCCACUGGGCUGUCCAGCAGGAACCUACAACAACCUGACCCAGCAGGCCGAGUGUGCAGACUGCCCAGCCGGGUACUACUGCCCUGAGAACUCCACCACCUACGAGACUUACCCUUGUCCUGUGGGACACUACUGUCCUAAUGGGACAAGAUACUCUAGUGAAUAUCCAUGUCCACGAGGAUAUUUCCGAGGUACAGAGAUGGGCCAGUCUGUGGAGGACUGCUCGCCAUGUACAGCUGGGAGCUACUGUCUGGGGGGAGAGGCCUCGCCUACAGCACUGUGUAACCCAGGAUGGUAUUGUGUAAAUGCAGCCUGGAGCCCUCAACCCAAUGACUACACCCUGCUGGACUACAGCAGCUAUGGAGACUGCCUUUGUCCGGCUAACACCACGGGUGGACAGUGUCGACCUGGCUUCUUCUGUCCACAGGGAUCCCAGGAACCCACUUCCUGCACAGCUGGCUCCUACUGUGCUACUCCAGGCCUGUCCAGUGCUACUGGCCCGUGUCUGGAGGGGUACUACUGCAGUGGAGGUGCCAGUCGGUGGGACCCGACAGACGGCACCACAGGAAACAUCUGUCUUCCAGGCAGAUACUGUGAAAAUGGAACAGGCAUCCCGUCUCUAUGCCCAAUUGGCACAUACACCAACUCUACUGGCAGGAGAAGUGUCCAGGACUGCCUCCCUUGCACGGCUGGCUACUAUUGUGAGACCCCUGGACUCACAGAACCCACAGGACCCUGCUCUGCUGGGUACUACUGUCCAGAAGGCCAGAACAUCAGUGACCCAUUCCCCUGCCCAGCUGGCUAUUACUGUGAAAUGGGCAGUUUUGAGCCAACAGCAUGUGAUUCAGGCACCUGGCAAGACCAGGAAGGACAGCCCCAGUGCAAGGAAUGCCCAUCAGGAUAUUACUGUGAUCGGAACAACACCCCAGUAGUGGACUACAGCAGGUACCCCUGCCCUGUGGGGUACUUCUGUCCCAAUGGAACUGAGUUUGCCACCCAACACGGCUGUCCCCGUGGGACCUACAGCAGUGCCAGCAUGCUGGAGAGGAGUGAUCAAUGUGACCCUUGUCCUCCAGGGAAAUACUGCCAGGACACUGGGCUCAGUACAGUCACAGGUGACUGCAAUGCCGGGUUCUGGUGUAAGAAUGGAUCGUGGUCGCAGGUACCGACCGAUGGAGAUACUGGAGAGAGCUGUCCAGAGGGACACUUCUGCAUAGAAGGUACCCCUGCACCUGAAAGCUGUCCUGUUGGCACCUGGUCCAACAGUACAGAGCUGAAGGCAGCUGGCGACUGCUUCCCCUGCGCGGGAGGGUACUACUGCAAUGGUACUGGACUCACCGAGCCUUCAGGACCAUGUGAUGCAGGGUACUACUGCAACAACAGUGCCACCACACCAACACCAGAUGACGGCGGUCUGACCGGUGCUCCAUGUUGGGCCGGUCACUUCUGUCCGGAGGGCACUGCCCACCCCAUCCCCUGUAGCCCAGGAACAUACAUGGUCACCACCCAGGCAGAAGCAUGUGACCUCUGCACACCUGGCCACUACUGUGUGUCUGGCUUCGAGCCUCAGAGGUGUCCCAUUGGUUACUACUGUCCAGAAGGAACAGGCUUUGAUUGGCAGGCCUGUCCCCCGGGAACGUUCAGCACAGCUGACGGCCUGGCGAACCAGACCCAGUGUACGCUCUGCUCCCCUGGCAAGUACUGCUCCCGGCCCAAUGCCACGUCUGUGACUGAUGACUGCGCUGCCGGGUACUUCUGCCAGGAGGGGUCCGACACAGCAACACCAGAGGUCACGUACACAGGUGUGGCUGGAGUGUGUCCAGCUGGUCACUACUGUCCAGUAGGAACAUCUACACCAGAGCCAUGUCCGAGAGGAAGAUUCAGUAACCUCACAAAACUCACCAACUUUACUGAAUGUGAGUUGUGCCUGUAUGGGCAGUACUGUGGGGAGGAGGGGCUGACAGAGCCAAGUGGGGACUGCCACGCUGGCUUCUACUGUCUGCGAGGAGCUCAAGAUCCCAACAAUCCCUCAGCUGACGGCACCAGUGGACCCUGCCCUGCAGGAUUCUUCUGUCCAAAUGGCACUUCGUUCCCCCUGGGGUGCCUCGCUGGAACCUACAACCCCCUGGAGGGUCAGGCAGAGUGUGUGGACUGUGAGCCGGGGUACUACUGCCCUGCUAACUCAACAACAUAUCUGGACCACCCCUGCCCCAUGGGCCACUACUGUCCCUCAGCUACAGAGUACGCUACUCAGCACCCCUGUGAAAAGGGUUACUACAACGACUAUGUAGGCAUGGCCAGCAGUGAUGACUGCAAGCCGUGUGAACCAGGUUACUACUGUGGCAGUGCAGGUAGUCGGAACGUUACUGCCCCCUGUGCCCCUGGGUGGUACUGCAUCAGAGGAGCUUGGUCAGCCCAGCCUACAGACCAAGGGGAUGUCAACAACAUCACCAGCAACUGUUUCUGUCCAUCCAACUCUACUGGAGGUCAAUGUCAGCCUGGAGAGUUCUGUCCUGCGGGAUCCAGUCAACCCUUGCCAUGCUCACCAGGUUACUACUGUGAGCUUGCUGGCCAGGCUAAUGUAACUGGGGAAUGCUCGGCUGGGUACUACUGCAGCAGUGGUGCCGCCAUCCCAACGCCUACAGACAACACAACUGGUGCUGAAUGUCCAGCAGGCCACUACUGUCCACAGGGCACGGCUGACCCCCUUCCCUGUCCAGCUGGCUUCUACACCAACUCCAGCAGAAAUACUGAGUUCAUGGACUGCAGAUCAUGUCUGCCUGGCUCUUUCUGUGGGUCAGUCGGCUUGGUUGAGCCCACUGGCCCCUGUGAUGCCGGCUUCUACUGUCCCGGAGGUCAGAAUGUCAGCAGUCCAGAUGACUACAUUUGCACACCUGGUCAUUUUUGUGAGGAAGGUAGUGCUGAUCAGGUGACCUGUGUGCCAGGCUCGUACCAGGAUGAUUUUGGGCAGGCCACCUGUAAGGAGUGCCCAUCUGGGUUCUACUGUGACUCCACCCUGCAGAAUGACACCCUCUGCACCCAUGGAGUCCAGAACCCCCAGGUCUGUCCCGUGGGACACUACUGUCCCAACGGCACCAAGUACGCCACGGAGCACGGCUGUCCUAACGGCACCUACAGUGACCGCACCCAGCUGGAGGAUGUUAGCGAGUGUACGCUGUGUCCAGGUGGACAAUACUGCGGACAGGAGGGCUUACCUGCACCUACGGGUCAAUGUGAACAAGGGUAUUACUGCAUCUCAGGUGCCUGGACUGCCACACCUGAUGAUGGUGACACAGGUGACAUCUGCCCACCUGGCUACUACUGUCCAGCUGGCACCAACACCACACUGCCCUGCCCACCUGGCACAUACAAUCCUACAACAGGUCUGUGGACUGAAGCCCAAUGUCAGGGCUGUGAGCCUGGGCAGUACUGUCCCAGCUAUGGCAUGGGGAUGCCCGAGGGAAACUGUAGUGCCAGGUACUACUGUAGUGGGAACGCCACAGACCCACAACCUACCGAUGGCACAACAGGCUAA